UAAAUACAGCCAUGCCCGUUCUCAAGCUUCUCUCUGCCGUCCGCCAUGCAGUACCGGAUCAACGACUCUAACAGGAUGCAGGCUGCGGCAACGCGACAGAACGUCGCUGCCCACACAUUUCCGAACAAAGUGAGAAAAGCGAGGAUACAGGAGGGCCGUCCGAAACAAAUACCUCACACUUUAGAGAGUUUACGAGAAAAGGAUGAGACUACGAUCGUAGGUGAUUUGGAAGAUGCCGACAACUUGGAGCUCAAAGUCGAGUGUCAAAAUGACGAAUUCGCUGCGUAUUACCGGCAGGAUUACGAACCUAAAGUUCUUAUCACUUACGCCGAUAAUCCGAACAGGAAAACACGAAUUUUCGGCAGGGAGCUCACAAGGAUGAUACCGAACUCUAUUUCUUUAUACAGAAAUCGUUCCGGCGUUAAGAAAAUAGUGAGGAGUGCCAUCACCAAGAAUUUUACAGACAUAAUAAUCGUCAAUGAGGAUCAAUGCAAACCUAAUGGAAUGUUGGUGAUACAUCUUCCGGAUGGUCCUACUGCACACUUUAAGCUCAGUAAUGUUAAGAUCACAACAGAAUUGAAGCGUAGUCACAAGGAAAUCACAGAACAUAGACCAGAAGUUAUUAUAAAUAAUUUCACUACACGUCUAGGUUUCACUGUUGCCAGAAUGCUUGGUGCAUUAUUUCACUAUCAACCACAAUUCAAAGGAAGAAGAGUCGUAACAUUUCACAAUCAGAGAGAUUAUAUAUUUUUCAGACAUCAUAGGUACGAAUUUAAUCUUAAAAAUGGAAAACCAAGAUUGCGUGAAUUGGGUCCACGAUUUACUCUGAGAUUAAAAUCACUGCAACAUGGAACAUUUGACAGUAAAUAUGGUGAUUACGAAUGGAUUAUACAAGGCCGGAGGCAUGAUAUGGAGACUAGCAGAAGAAAGUUUUUCUUAUAAUUUCCCUGUAUUGUUAUACAUAUCCUGCAAGAUAUGAUACUAUUUCAGUCAGAUCAGAUGAGGUCAGGUGGUCAGGAAAGGAAUCAAUCAUACAAUUAUGUUGUAUAAAUGUACAAAUAAACUAUAUUAACUCUUAUAUAAAAAUGUUAUAUCAAUA